AUGGAUUUGUUAACGCAAGUUUUAAUGAAUAAGGACAGCGGACAGGAAGACAGCACGGCUUUUUCGCAAAAUGCGAUCUGGUCAGCCAUUGAUACAUUUCGCUAUGCUCCUGAGGAAAAUCUAACGUUUGAAGCAUAUUUCAAAAGAUUUGAAGAUCUAUUCAAGAUUGAUUGCGGUUCAUGGACGGAUCAAAAGAAGGUUCGUUUAUUACUACGAAAGUUGGGUGCAUCCGAACAUAGCAAAUUCUUGGAUUAUAUUUUGCCAAGAAAAACCAACGAAUUGUCGUUUGACGAGGCAGUCAAACUGUUGAUGGAGCUAUACUGUCCAAAGACAAGCCUUUUCCAUAAAAGAUGGAAAUGUAUGAAUAUUACACAUAAGGAGAAUCAGGACUAUACGACUUUUGCGUCUAUAGUUAAUAAAAACUGUGACGAUUUCAAGUUGUCAUCAUUAACGGCAGAUAACUUUAAAUGCCUAAUAUUCACACAAGGUUUGAUAGCCACAAAAGACGCCGAUAUAAGACGUCGUGCUCUAAAUAAAUUGGAAUUAGAACCUGAUUUAACGCUUCAGAAACUGGCUGAAGAUUGUCAGCGGUUCGUGGCAGUGAAACAAGAUUCCCGAAACAUAGAGGAAGCAGGUAUCGCUCACAUUAAAAAGAUACGCUUCAAAAAUAAAGGACACCCACCCGCCAGCUAUUACCAACCAAGAGGCAAAAAGGACCCUUCACAAAAUUAUCAGGAUAGACAAAAGCCUAGGACCCCUUGUAGUAAAUGUGGAGGACCUCAUGGGUACAAUGUAUGUUGGUACCACAAGAAAAUAACGUGUGACCUAUGCAAGCGAGCAGGGCACAAGGCCUCAUAUUGCAGAGCAAAAGUAGAAAAAAAGAGCUACGUAAAAACUGCAAAAAUGGACCCUUCACCAACAGAGAACAUAAGGAAAUAUGUUACGGUGAGAAUCAGAAAUAGAGAAGUAAAUCUGCAACUCGAUUCAGGGUCGGAUAUAUCAAUUAUAAAUUUUCACACGUGGAAGAAAAUAGGUAAGCCCACGAUGAUAAAGACGAAUAAAGUCGCAAGAUCGGUAACUGGUGAAAAGAUACAUUUUGAGGGUGAAGUAAUUAUUAAUGUUUCAUUAAAAAGAAAGACAAAAAAGCUAAAAGUAUUCGUUCUUAGGAACACAACAAAUUUAUUCGGAACUGAUUGGAUUCAAGAAUUUGAAUUAUGGGACUCGCCAAUGAGUGAUUUUUGUCAGAAAGUCGAAAAUUUAACGGCCGAAGCCGACAAACUAAAAAAAGAUCUAAAAAAAUCUUUUCCAAGUGUUUGUUCUGAAAAGCUUGGAUGCUGCACAAAAAUAAAAGCGAGAUUCGAAUUGCUGGAUGAAGCAAAACCAAUAUUCAAAAAACCACGUAGCGUACCGUUCGCUUCUAGGAAAAAAAUUGAAGAAGAACUGGAAAGACUAGUUAACACAGGGAUUUUGACCCCUAUUAACUAUAGUGAGUGGGCAGCCCCCACCGUAUACAUAAAAAAAAAAUCAAAAGAAAUUAGAGUAUGCGCAGAUUUCUCUACCGGAUUGAAUGCAUCGCUCAAGGACCACCAUUAUCCGUUACCAAACCCAGAGGAAGUAUUCGCUAAAUUAAAUGGCGGAAAAAUCUUUUCCAAAAUAGACUUAAGCGAGGCGUAUCUACAGAUACCAGUAGAAGACGAUAGCUCGAAACUGCUGUGUAUUUCAACACACAUUGGACUUUUUAAAUUCAAUAGAUUAGCAUUUGGUAUAAAAGUAGCACCUGCAAUUUUCCAACAGGUAAUUGACACUUUGCUAAGCGGUUUGGAUUUUACAAUAGGCUAUCUGGACGAUAUUCUUAUACGUAGUCAAAAUGUUGAACAACAUAGAGAUCAUGUAUUUCAAGUGUUUGACAGAAUAAAAGAAUACGGCUUCACUGUGAAGGAGGCAAAAUGUGAAUUUUUUUUGGAACAAAUAAAAUACCUGGGUCAUAUAUUAAAUAAGGACGGGAGAAAACCCGACCCGGAUAGGUCCACAGCAAUAAAAGACAUGCCAGAGCCUCAUAAUGUAACUACAUUGCAAAGUUUUUUAGGGCUCGUUAACUAUUAUCAAACGUUUAUUAAGAAUAUGCAUAAAUUGCGCGCGCCUUUGAAUGACCUAUUAAAAAAGGACAAAAAAUGGGACUGGACGCCGGAGUGCCAGUCGGCGUUUAAGCAGCUAAAAGAUGUACUAACAUCAGAUUUAUUUUUGAUUCACUUCAAUCCGGAACAAGAGAUUAUUGUCGCAACCGACGCAAGUUCUUAUGGAAUAGGGGCAUGCAUUCUACAUAAAAUGCCAGAUGGGUCCACUAAACCGAUCGCCCAUGCGUCGAGAACCUUACUGCCAGCCGAGAAGAAUUAUUCCCAAAUAGAGAAGGAAGCACUGGGGAUCAUAUUCGGGGUUACAAAAUUCCACCGUUUUUUACACGGUCGAAAAUUCAAAUUACAAACUGAUCACAAGCCGCUUAUAUCCAUUUUUGGUUCAAAAAAAGGGAUACCAACGUACUCAGCCAACAGACUGCAAAGAUGGGGGACUAUCCUGCUAAACUACGAUUUUAGUAUGGAAUUUCUUACAUCUGCGAAGUUAGGUCACGCUGACGGAUUGUCGCGAUUAAUCCCGAAAUCAAGGGAACCGCUGGAGGACACAGUAAUAGCGUCACUACAAAGUGAAAAGGACUAUACACAAAUACUGUGCAAUACGAUCAAGGAAUUACCAGUGACUUUGAAAGAUAUAAUAAGGGAGGCUGAAGAAGAUAGUUUCAUCAAAGAAACGAAACAAAAAAUUCAAUCAGAUGAAUCGGCGGCGGAAGUUUAUUCUAUGUGCAAUGAGGUACUGUUGUACCGAGAAAGGGUGGUAAUCCCAGCCACGCUGAGAAAAAAAAUUCUAAAGGAUUUUCAUACGGGGCACCCUGGGGCUACUAGAAUGAAGAGCCUCAUGAGGUCCUACGUUUACUGGAAGAGCAUGGACACUGAUAUAGAAAGCAUGGUAAAGUCGUGUAAGGGAUGCGCAUUGGCUGCAAAAGCGCCCCCAAUACAAUUUAGCCCGUGGCCUAAAGCUGACCAUCCAUGGUCAAGGAUACACGUGGACUUCGCAGGUCCAUUGGAGGGAAACUAUUACUUAAUAGUGGUAGAUAGUUUUUCAAAAUGGCCUGAG